AAAAUAAAAAAUCUGCUAAAAAAAAUAACCUUAAUUCCCAAAUAUAUUCAAAAAUUUUGCAAGAGGAAGUUCCGACACUUGGGACUUGGGAGUAUAAGUAAUACGAUCUCUCCCACUCUUCAGAUCACACCAAUUUUGGUUUUUUAGGGUUCUCUGUUUCAUCUGAUUUCGGAAUCGAUCUCAAAAAUGGCGACAAGUGACAAACAAUCUAGCCCAAAGCCUCCACCUUCGCCUUCACCUCUCCGCAAUUCCAAGUUUUGUCAGUCCAAUAUGAGGAUCUUGAUCUCAGGAGGAGCCGGAUUCAUUGGCUCUCACCUUGUCGAUAAGCUGAUGGAAAACGAAAAGAAUGAGGUGAUUGUUGCUGAUAACUAUUUUACCGGUUCCAAAGACAACCUUAAGAAAUGGAUUGGUCAUCCGAGAUUUGAGCUUAUCCGUCAUGAUGUCACGGAGCCACUUUUGAUCGAGGUUGAUCAGAUUUACCAUCUUGCAUGUCCUGCUUCUCCCAUCUUCUACAAGUACAACCCCGUGAAGACGAUCAAGACCAAUGUGAUCGGCACACUGAACAUGCUAGGUCUUGCCAAGCGUGUUGGAGCUAGGAUUUUGCUUACCUCAACCUCAGAGGUGUAUGGUGAUCCUCUCAUCCAUCCCCAGCCAGAGAGCUAUUGGGGCAAUGUCAACCCAAUUGGGGUUAGGAGCUGUUAUGAUGAAGGCAAGCGUGUGGCUGAGACUUUAAUGUUUGACUACCACAGGCAGCAUGGAAUUGAAAUCCGCAUUGCCAGAAUCUUCAACACUUAUGGUCCACGCAUGAACAUAGAUGAUGGGCGUGUCGUAAGCAACUUCAUUGCUCAAGCACUUCGGGGUGAGGCAUUGACCGUUCAGAAACCUGGGACACAGACCCGCAGUUUCUGUUAUGUAUCUGACAUGGUCGAUGGACUUAUGCGCCUCAUGGAAGGAGAUGACACUGGUCCCAUCAACAUCGGUAACCCAGGUGAGUUUACGAUGGUGGAACUAGCUGAGACAGUGAAGGAGCUGAUAAACCCGAGCAUAGAGAUAAAGAUGGUUGAAAACACACCUGAUGAUCCAAGACAGAGGAAGCCUGACAUCACAAAGGCUAAGGAAGUGUUGGGAUGGGAACCGAAGGUGAAGCUCCGUGAAGGCCUUCCUCUUAUGGAAGAAGACUUCAGGCUAAGGCUCGGAGUCCCCAAGAACUAAGAACUUGAUCACCAAAUCAAAAGCAAACGUAAAUGCACUAUAAGUCGAUUCUACCUUUGAGUUUCCACGGUGCAGGUGAUUGGUUUCAUAUGUAGUAAUGUUUCUACUUUCUCAAAUUGUUCGUAGAGAAAAAUAAAGAGUACGAGGAACUUAACCUUUUUUAUUACAGAAAGAAAAAUUUACUUUCUUACAA